UUUGGCAUAGAACAAGUCGCAUCGUUCGCGACCCAGCCGUUCUUCUAACGAGGAGCGGGUGUCACGUUAUUUAUUUAUUCUGUCCAUCACCCCUGUGUUUAGAGCGAGUGGUUUAACCCUCUCCAUCUCCCUUCUCACAGCGGAGAGGGUGUACUAGAGAGGAAGUUACCAUGUUGCGAGUGGUGAUCGUGCAGCGGGUGUAGGUUAUAUCCGCUUGCAAAAGCGUUGCCGGAGGGGAGUUUGGUGAGGUUGCUGUACUACCUCUGCUCGUUGGUUUUAUUUAUUUUUUAAAAUUUUUACUAUUAUCCUGAGCGGAAGGAGGGCUCCAUAGUGCUGUGGGGAGAUACAUAAAGCAAACUAUGGCGUCUCCGAAGAAAGGUGACUUGAGCGAGGAGGAAAAAGAAUUGCUGGAAAUGAUUGGGAAAGGAAGCCAUGAAGAAACUGCAAGACUGCUUGGCAGCAAGAAUGUCCGUGUGAAUUGUUUGGAUGAGCACGGCAUGACUCCUCUGAUGCACGCGGCAUACAAAGGGAAAGUUGAUGUGUGCAGACUGCUCUUGCGACAUGGGGCUGAUGUAAACUGCAAUGAACAUGAACAUGGAUAUACAGCUCUGAUGUUUGCUGGGCUCUCAGGUAACAAAGAAAUUACCUGGAUGAUGUUAGAGGCUGGAGCGGACACGGAUGACGUUAACUCAGUGGGGAGGACAGCAGCUCAGAUGGCUGCCUUUGUGGGUCAACAUGACUGUGUCACUGUGAUCAACAACUUCUUUCCUCGAGAAAGAUUAGACUACUAUACGAAACCACAAGGACUAGACAAAGAACCCAAACUGCCAAUUAAGUUAGCUGGACCUCUGCAUAAGAUCAUUACAACUACCAAUUUGCAUCCUGUUAAGAUUGUGUUGCUAGUGAAAGAAAAUCCUCUCCUGGCAGAAGUCGAAGCAAUGCAGAAAUGCUACAGAGUGUUGGAUCUGAUUUGUGAGAAGUGUAUGAAGCAGAGAGAUAUGAAUGAAGUACUGGCAAUAAAAAUGCACUACAUUAGCUGCAUUUUCCAAAAAUGUAUUCUCUUCCUUAAGGAGCGAGAGGAAAAAUUGGAUGGAUUAAUCAAAAGCCUCCUGAAAGGCAGAGAUGCAGAUAGUUUUCCAGUAUAUCAAGAGAAGCUUAUCCGAGAAUGCAUUAGAAAAUUUCCUUAUUGUGAAGCUACUUUGCUCCAGCAGCUUGUGAGAAGCAUUGCUCCAGUUGAAAUUGGUUCUGAUCCUACAGCUUUUUCUGUGCUUACACAAGCCAUUACUGGCCAAGUAGGGUUUGUGGAUGCUGAGUUUUGUACAACAUGUGGGGGAAAAGGUGCAGCCAAAAGAUGUUCCGUAUGCAAAAUGGUGAUCUACUGUGAUCAGAACUGCCAGAAAAUGCAUUGGUUUACACACAAGAAAGCAUGCAAGACACUAAAGGAAGCCCAUGAGAAGCAGGAGUUGGAAACUGCCAAAGAAAAGAAGCAGCAAGAAAAAAAGCACAAGAGAGUGUUGUCCUGUGUUUUCCCUGUAGAGGCAGCACGAGCAGCAGAAUCAACUUUAAUAAGUGAAGAACAGUUGGCCUCUGAACCAGGACACAAUAAAGAAGUAGAACUAAAAUGUGCAGGAAAUGGAACUGAGGAGAUGAUUCCUAACAAGGAUAUGCCUGCACCAGCUCCUCAAGUUGACAAGGUCCAUCAAGGAGAGACUAGUUUAGCAGACAUCACUAUUGAAAAAGCUCAUGAAUCUGAGGAGUAACAAGCUGGGGAGUCAGAGCUUUUUGGAGAAUGUCCUCUAGACCACAACAUCAUGAUAUACAGUCCAUGGAGUGUGGUUAUAUUGACAUACAUUAUGAUCCCAGAUAUGUCAACUUAUUUGUCUUGUGUAACUACAGCACAUCAUCCUAGCUUGUGAAGGCAAGAGCUUAACCAUCUGAUUAAAAAUGAUAGUGUAUCCAUUUGUCUUCGUACCUAUGAAGCAUUGAAAAUUUAACAGGCAGCUGAGAACAGGAUCACUUGCUAGCAAGAUUUUUAAAAACUCUUUUAAACUUAGAUUUUGGGGCAAUAUACUGCUACAAUACUGUGGGAUAUAACAUCUAAAAGGUAAAUAUUAAGUUUCUGGGUCUAGAUUUUGAACAUGAGUACUGCUACUUGUCUGUUUCCAAUAAAUAAAUCCUGCUAAUC